AUGCAAAUCUUCGUCAAGACCCUCACCGGCAAGACCAUCACCCUCGAGGUCGAGUCUUCCGAUACUAUCGACAAUGUGAAGUCCAAGAUCCAGGACAAGGAGGGCAUUCCUCCUGACCAGCAGCGUCUGAUUUUCGCUGGCAAGCAACUCGAGGAUGGCCGAACUCUGUCCGACUACAACAUCCAGAAGGAGUCCACCCUCCACCUGGUCCUCCGCCUUCGUGGUGGUAUGCAGAUCUUCGUCAAGACCCUCACUGGAAAGACCAUCACCCUUGAGGUGGAGUCAUCUGAUACCAUCGACAACGUCAAGUCCAAGAUCCAGGACAAGGAGGGUAUCCCUCCUGACCAGCAGCGACUGAUCUUCGCUGGUAAGCAGCUUGAGGAUGGCCGAACCCUCUCCGACUACAACAUCCAGAAGGAGUCUACUCUCCACCUUGUCCUUCGUCUCCGUGGUGGUAUGCAGAUCUUCGUCAAGACGUUGACCGGCAAGACCAUCACAUUGGAGGUUGAAUCAUCAGACACCAUCGACAAUGUCAAGUCAAAGAUUCAAGACAAGGAGGGUAUUCCCCCGGAUCAGCAGCGUCUUAUCUUCGCUGGCAAGCAGCUUGAGGACGGUCGCACCUUGAGCGACUACAACAUUCAGAAGGAGAGCACACUUCACCUUGUCCUCCGUCUCCGUGGUGGUAUGCAGAUUUUCGUCAAGACUCUGACCGGCAAGACAAUCACCCUCGAGGUGGAGUCUUCCGACACCAUCGACAACGUCAAGUCCAAGAUUCAGGAUAAGGAGGGCAUUCCUCCUGACCAGCAGCGCUUGAUCUUUGCUGGUAAGCAGCUGGAAGACGGUCGCACCUUGAGCGACUACAACAUCCAGAAGGAGAGCACACUGCACUUGGUUCUGCGUCUUCGUGGUGGCCAGUAA